AUGCGCUCGGAAGACCAGCACUGCCAGCGGUUCUUCUGGUACGACGAGGAAGGUAACAUCGUGGUCUACAUCUUGCAGGUGAUGACCUUCGGAGCCUGUUGUUCGCCUAGCAGCGCUCAGUUCGUCAAGAAUAUAAACGCGGAACGAUUCAAAGCAGCAUACCCAGCAGCAGUUGAAGUCAUCCAAAAGCGGCAUUACGUCGAUGAUAUGCUGGUAAGCGUUGAGACCGAAGAUGAAGCGCUUCGACUUGCGCAACAGGUGAAGGAGGUGCACUCGAAAGGCGGAUUCGAGAUCCGCAACUGGAUAAGCAACUCGAAACGCGUUGUGCGGGAUCUGCAAGAAGAACAUACAGAUGAGAAAAACCUCGAUCUGUCACUGGAGCUAGCCACCGAGAAAGUGCUCGGAAUGUGGUGGUGUACUGAUUCGGAUACCUUUACCUACAAGGUCGGAUGGACUCGCUAUGGAGAAGCGCUAUUGAAAGGUCAACGACACCCAACGAAGAGGGAAAUGUUACGUGUUCUUAUGUCUAUGUUUGAUCCGCUCGGACUGAUCGCGCAUUUCCUCAUGUACCUGAAGGUGCUGCUUCAAGACGUCUGGCGUUCCGGUAUCGACUGGGACGAUGCAAUCGACGAUGCGCUGUUCGACAAGUGGCAAACAUGGCUGCAAGUGCUCCCGCAGGUUGAACGAGUCAGCAUUCCUCGAUGUUACCGUGCACGAACCUCUCCCAGUUGUAAAGACAUCCAGCUCCAUACGUUUGUUGAUGCUGGAGAUAACGGAAUUGCUGCGGCCUGUUACCUGCGCUUCGCUCAAGAUGACUUCGUAGAAUGCAGAUUAGUAGCAGCUAAGACCAGAGUCGCUCCAUUGAAGUUUCUCUCAACACCUAGACUGGAACUUCAAGCAGCAUUGGUUGGCGCCAGGCUAGCACAAUCCGUAUCAGAUGCACUGUCAUUCCGAAUCUCUCGUCGUCACUACUGGUCGGAUUCCCAAGACGUACUCUGCUGGAUCAAAUCUGACCACCGACGUUACUCCCAGUUCGUCGCGUUCCGAGUUAGCGAGAUCCUGGACACCACGGAGAUGAAUGAAUGGAGAUACGUUCCUACAGAUUUGAACGUAGCGGAUGAUGGGACGAAAUGGAAAGGACUUCCUAGCCUGGCUUCAGAGACGAGAUGGUUCACCGGGCCCGAGUUCUUGCAGCACCCGGAAACUGACUGGCCAGACUCAUCUACUAGCUCAAAUGAAGCCGUUCUCGAACUUCGCCGUAGCGUAUUAACUCACUUCAUCGCUCCGAAACCAAUAGUCUGUUCAAGUGAUUUCUCAGACUGGAAUCGGCUUGUGAAAGUGGUUGCUCUAGCUCAUCGUUUUCCUGCCAACUGCAAACUGAAGCGCCUCCAGGAACCGAUCGUAAGCGGACCUCUCACCAACCACGAAAUAUUCACCGCCGAAUCCUAUCUCAUUCGCGUAGCACAACAGGAAGCCUAUCCGGAAGAAAUAGCAGUCCUUCAGAAGUCACAACAAUGCUCGGAUCAACUAUCAACUCCGAUCCCCAAGCCAAGUCCGCUACACCAGAAGACGCCAUGGCUGGAUCAGAACGGAAUCCUGAGGAUGCGCGGCCGCAUCGCCGCUUGUUUCUACGCAACCGAAGAUGCUAAACACCCCACAAUACUUCCCCGUGACCACCACACCACCAAGUUAAUCGUUGCACACUACCACCAAAAAUACCACCAUCAGAAUCACGAGACCGUGAUCAACGAGAUACGACAAAAAUACAACAUACCGAAGCUUCGCAUGACCUACACAAAAGUGCGAAGUGACUGCCAACGCUGUAAGAAUGACCGAGUGAUCCCGCGCCCGCCAAUCAUGGCUGACCUGCCUGCUGCACGACUUGCAGCUUUCGAACGCCCAUUCACCCACGUUGGCGUUGAUUACUUCGGUCCGUACGAGAUCGUCAUAGGUCGACGAGUCGAGAAACGCUGGGGAAUGCUCGCUACCUGCCUCACAAUUCGCGCAAUUCACAUCGAGGUCGUUCACUCCCUCAACACCGAUUCUUGCAUCAUGGCGCUGCGAAACUUCAUUUCCCGCCGAGGAAAACCACGGGCGAUCUACAGCGAUCGAGGUACCAAUUUCAUUGGUGCAAAGCGGGAGAUGACGGAAGCUGAGGAAUCAGUCAACCAAAAUGAACUGAUGAGGGAGUUCGUGGAUGCUGGAACAACCUGGGAGUUCCUGCCUCCCUCUUCUCCGCACAUGGGCGGCAGCUGGGAGCGCUUGAUCGGUUCCGUCAAAAAGAACCUGAUGGCAAUCCUACCAGCACGGAAGCUGUCGGACGAGGUAUUACGGAACCUGCUGACCGAAAUCGAGAACACGGUGAAUUCCCGCCCACUGACGCACGUUCCUGUUGAUGACGACUCAGCUCCAGCCUUGACGCCCAACCACUUCCUACUCGGGGCAUCCAAUGGAAUCAAGCCGCUCUGCACCCUCGAUGACAGUGGUGCCGUGCUGCGCCAAAAUUGGCGACUAUCUCAAGUCCAAACCAACCUGUUUUGGAAGCGCUGGGUAAGCGACUACUUGCCUGAGAUAACUCGCCGUACUAAGUGGUUCAUCCAUACGAAGCCGAUCGAGGUCGACGAUAUAGUGGUCAUAGCUGACCCGAAGAUGCCACGGAACUGCUGGCCGAAAGGCAGGAUCAUAUGUACCCAACCUGGACGAGACGGCCAACCCAGAUCAGCAACAGUUAGGACAUCGACCGGGAUCUACGUACGUCCGGUAGCCAAGAUAGCCGUGCUAGACGUGCGGCGCGGAACGGAGUAA